UUGGGCCCUAAGAAAAGGUGCCCACAAAUAUGAAGCGCCUUUGCAAUCUGUGCUUCCGAGUUUUACCUACAUUGUAGCGAGCGAUGGGCCUUAUACGAAGCUGUUUCCAUUUGAUGGCAGGCACUGUCUUCGGCGUCUACGUGGCCCAGAAUUACAAUGUCCCCAACAUUCAGAAGCUCAUUAACACCGGCCUUGUUAUUGCUCGCCAUAUGGAAGAAAACUACCGGAAGCCUAAGAAGCCCGAUGACCCUCAAUGAGCGCACAUCACCUAGAUCAGGAAGAUUUGAAAAGCUUUGAAAUUCAUGACUACAAAAGAUUUGGUAAAGAUGUUAGCACACUGCUCUUGAUUAGAAAUCUGUUGAAUAUUUUGCUGUUGAAAUGUUGCGACACUAAACCCCAAAGGGUUUAGUGAGCUCAUGGAAAACUGAAUCGGAAAUAAAUUUCAACACUCCAUAAUUGUCAUAGAACAAAAUUAGAGCAUGUGUCUAGGACACUUAUUCUUGUGAAGAUGCAACAUAACCAUUUUGCUUCACAAACAGUUCCAAUUGUAGUGCAAUACUUUAUUUCUAUGAAAGAUUGAGCAAUAGUGGUUGCUUUUUAUUUCCCCA